AAAAGGGGCGUAGCAAUCAACAUCAAAAGCAGGAAUGUGAAUUGAUCAACAAGAUAAUUUAUUUUACACUAAUAUAAACGUAACGAUGGCAGUUUGCGUUGCAGUCAUAGGCAAAGACAACUCUCCAAAAUACAUCUCGUGUUUGAAUCCCAACCAGGAGUUGGACCUUCACUACAAAGUACACAACUCAUUAGAUGUUGUGGAGGAAAAAAUGUCAGCAACAGGAAAAACAAGUGGAGACAUUAGAGAACUUUAUCUUGGCCUGCUAAAUUCCACUGAUGAGCAUAAAAUAUUCGGGUACGUGACCAACACCAAAGUCAAGUUCGUCAUUGUCACGGAAGCUGCAAACACUUCCUUGAGAGACAACGAAGUUCGAAUGAUGUUUCGAAGGCUUCACAGUGUGUUUGCAGACAUAAUUUGCAACCCGUUUUACCGACCAGGGGAACAAAUAACCUCAAAAGUGUUUGAUGAGACUGUGCGAAACAUGAUGGCUGGGAACCUGUAGCAAACUAUCAUACAUGCGUCAAUUUAACUUAGAAAAACCUCUGCAUUUUGUUGAAGUCAAGUCUUGCUGAUCUAUCUUUUUUCAUUUAUUAUUGGAAAUUUUUGGUUCCACGUUGUUAAAACUAUAGCAAUAUCUAUUUCACUUUGUUAAAAAUAAUAAAAACAGAAAGGAAUUAUCAGAAAACUUGUAAGUGACCAGAUAAAUUACAACGAAUUUAAUUUUUCUAAAGUUGUGAUAUCAUAAAAAAAAAUUAAAAUAUACAUAUUGUGCCACGCUCUGGGCUGCGACAAUUUUUAAGUUUGCGUUUAACCUUCAACCCUUGUAGAUUUGUUUGCAAUCCCAGCCUUGGAUCAAUUCAACCUAAGUUAGGUCAUUUUUUAGUUGAUAAGGCCGUUGAUUUAUUUAUGUAUAUUGAGAGAGCAGGUUUCCUUGAAGUAUAAAAAAAUGAGUAAUUUUAAUUAUUUUUACAAUUAAUAUACAAUAAUUUCAAUUUUAAUUCAAUAAUGUAAGCUCAGUAUUAUGAUAUU